AUGGACGAAGACUCAGACUUUAUCCCUCAACUUACCAUCACCGGCUCGAAUGGGGAGCAAGUUCCUGUCAUGUCUUUUCCGAUGCCGCUGCCUGAGAGCGCACUCGUUCCGCCGUGGGAGUUCUUCCCCGCCGCGCCUGAGCCCGAGCCUGAGCCUGAGCCUGAGCCUGAGCCUGAGCCUGAGCCAGAACCAACUUUCGCAGCUCCUAAUCUUCUCGAGGGCGCUGGGGUGGGCUGGGUUCCCAACCUGGAUACAGAUGAGGCCGAGAUCGAAGAGGACGAAGACGAGGAAGAAGCAGAAUCAGACGACAACGAAGAUGGAGACGAAGAAGGAGACGAAGAGGCACAGUCUCCCAUCUAUUGGGACUUUCCUGAGGAGCAGGGCACAGUCUUCCAUUAUCUAACAAAAUCAGAUUCGAAUUAA